AUGGCUCCUAAUAACCAACAUUCUAAUGGAAAUCACGAUGAUGCCCUCGAAUUUUGCACCCAGGUAACAGGUUCAAUUGUUCUUCCAUUCGCUUUAAGAACAGCCAUUGAUCUUGGUGUUUUUGACAUCCUAGCCAAAGCUGGCGAUGGCGCAGAACUCUCUGCACAAGACAUUGCUAUUCAGAUUGGAACCAAAAAUCCAGAAGGACCAACAAUGUUGGAUCGUGUUCUUUGCUUCUUGUCAAGUCACUCUAUUCUAAACUCAUCCGUUCCUCAACAUCCUAAAAGCCUUCAAAGAUUCUAUAGCCUCUCUAAUCGGGCCAGGUUUUUUGUCCCCGAUUCCGAUGGCGUCUCAUUGGGACCAACAUUAGCAUUGCUUCUCGACAACGUCUUCUAUCAGAGCUGGAGUGAAUUGAAGGGAGCGAUUAUGGAAGGAGGUGUACCGUUCGAUAGGGUUCAUGGAAUGAAUGCAUUUGAGUAUCCACGUGUCGAUCCAAAGUUCAAUGAGGUUUUCAACAAAGCUAUGGUUUGCACAACUACGAUAAAUAUGAAGAUGGUUCUUAAUUGUUAUAACGGUUUUGAGAAUAUAAAUAAGCUCGUCGAUGUUGGUGGUGGUCUUGGAAUUAAUCUCAAAUUAAUUAUAUCAAAAUAUUCUCAUAUUAAAGGAAUUAAUUUCGAUUUGCCUCAUGUUGUAGAACAUGCACCUUCCUACCCAGACGUGGAACAUGUGGGAGGAGAUAUGUUUGAAAGUGUACCGUCCGGAGAUGCAAUUUUUAUGAAGUGGAUACUUCAUGAUUGGAGCGAUGAACAUUGUUUGAAGCUGUUGAAAAAUUGUUACAAAGCAAUUCCUGAAGAUGGAAAGGUUAUUGUGGUGGAUGCAGUUCUUCCUAUAUUGCCAGAAACAAAUGCAGUUGCUAAGACUGGUUACAUGUCAGAUCUUAUAAUGUUGACACAAAACCCAGGAGGAAAAGAGAGAAAUGAGAAUGAAUUUGAGGAAUUGGCAAAAGGAUCUGGGUUUAGUGGUGUCAAACAUGUAUGUUCUGUGUCUGGAUUAGUGGUUAUGGAGUUCUAUAAAUAG